UUAUUUAAAUUUUGAUUAAAGGUAAAAAAAAAAUAAAUAAAUAAAUUAAGGUAGGUAUUACAUACUCAGAAUUCUCAAAAAUCAAAAAAACUAACACUUUCGCUCCACCUUCACGACUGCUCCUCCUUCACCCCUUCACUGCGCGCUCCUCCCUCUCCAUCACCUCUCUUCCUUCUCUGUCGCUGCAUCUCACUCCAUUAAUUGUUGUUUUGGUUUGUUCGAAUUUGGGAUCAGCUUUAGGGGAUUUUUAUCAAAGUUUGAGUCUAAAACCAUAAGGAGAGGGAGCAAGGUUGGAGAUUUCCGGCUUGACAGGUCAACAUUCGCCGCCACUGUUCAGGCUAUCACACUUUAACAUCAGAACUGAUUUUAGAGCUGAAAUUCAGAACUGAUUUCGGAGCUGAAACUCAGAACUGAUUUCAGUGCUGAAAUUCAAAACUGAUUUCAGAGCUGAAAUUCAGAACUGAUUUCAGUGCUGAAAUUCAAAACUGAUUUCAGAGCUGAAUUUCAUAUCUGAAGUUCAGAACUGAAAAUCAGAACUGAAUCAAAACUGAAAUUCAAGACUGAAAAUCAGAACUAAAAUCAAAGUUUUGGAUCCUUUUGAGUUUUGAGUGACGAGAUAGUACUUGACCAAAUCGCUAAUACUUCAACAUUUAAGUUCAAAUCCACAACUUGGAUAGCUACAAAAAUGGAAUUGCACUUCUAGAUCAAGGAGCAUAAAUAUGGUCAUUCAACAAAGUCAAGAGCAAACUUCCUCAAGCCAAGAUGUUGCUUUGCAAGCCACAUCAUCUAAGAAGAGGAGUAGGGGGCCAUCAAAGGCAAUACAAUCAAGUAAGCCUAUGGUGCUUGAAUUCAAUGAUUAUGACUUGCCUACUGGUGAAUGGGAACCCGUUUAUGGAAAACAAAUUGGUGCAUGUGCUAAGAGAUUAGACAUCACUGUGAAUGAGUAUGCAAAAAUAGAUAAAGUGGAUCGGGAAAAUAUAUGGGAGGAGACAAAGCGAAUGUUCCACAUUGAGGAUCCAAGUGGAGAAAGGCAAAAAAGGUUUCAUAGUGCUGUGGCUUCGCGAUUCAGCUGUCACAAGUCGAAUUUAAGGGAACGAUUCAUCACUUUUAAAAACCCAUACCCGGCCACUUCUCCUAAAGCAAAUAUGAAGCCAUGGGAAGUGUAUGAAGGUUACUUUACAGAGGAGAAAUGGAAGAGGUUCGAAAUAUAUAGUAAAUUAGCAGAAUUCAAGGAAAAGAGUGAAAAGGGGAAGGAAAAUGCAAAGCUAAACAAAUGUCGCCAUCACUUGGGUCGAAACAGUUUUCAAAGAGCUCGGAUAAUUUGGAAUAAGCAAAAGAGACUUGAAAAUAGAUUUCCUGCUCUGGUAGAAUCUUCAACUACUGGCAACACUUCCCAGAGCAGUACAUCAACUGGUUCUAUUUUUGAUCGUCGAGCUCUUGAGUGGGUUUUAGCUCAUGAAAAGCGGUUGCCAGAUGGAACAUGGGGCAUCGACCCAAAAGAUACGGAGACUAUUCGAAUUGCCAAUAUAGUUGAAGAGAACUUGCAAAAACAAGCAAAGGAAUCUGAGGAAGGAGAGUGUAAACAAUCAGAGCGAGGCGUUGAUGCCCUUACUUUGGCAUUUGGGAAAAAGGACCAUCGUGGAUUUGUGAAAGGACUUGGUGGAUGUGGGAUUGGUGUCGGCUAUAGAAAAGCAUUUGGCCCGGUAAAAGGUAAAAACAUGUCUAAAAGUGGUUGCUCAUUACAAGAACUAGAUGAAUUUAAAGAGAACUUAACUCGGGAAUUUGAAGAAAAAUUAAAGGAAGGCAUUGCAGCAGCUGUAAAUUCUUAUCUUUCUGAUUUCAUACCACACAUAACUGCUAAUGAUUUGCAAGUAAAUGAUGCUCAACCUUCCCCAUCUUCCUCAAUCAAUCCAACAGAGCUAAGUCCUCGCUUGUUAGAGGUGUUGGAAGAUCAUAUAUCAUGCAAGAUACUGCUCUCAUAUAAUUAAAAGGCACAUUCAAGAGCUGUCAGAUUCUCAGAUAGACCAUAUCAACAUGGAGUAGGUUUGGUGUAUUCUUCUGAUGAUUUAACAUUAAAACCUGAGAUAUAUUAGCAACAAUUGUGACAUGAGCUUGUCAUUGUUGCUCAUUGUUGCUUCUCACAGAUGCUCAUUGUUGCUUAUCACAAUUGACCCUUGGUGUAUUCAUGCUGGUUUGCCAUUUCAUGAUGAGGGUAUUUUAAGUUUGGCAUGAUAUUAGCCAGCUUAGAUUCUUUUUUUCCUUAGUUCAAAGUUCCUCUUGCUUUGUGAUAUAUAUAUAUGCUGCAAAUACAUCAUACUGUGAAUUUUGCGGAGGUUGUCCAUUAAGUACCCCUGCCCCCUUCCCCCCCGCCUGACCCAUAUGUUCCUCCCAAAACCCAUUUGCCAGAGGUCAAUUUAACAAAACAUCAGUUUUUGUACAAAGAAUCUUACCUGCUUUUAUUUCUCAUACUUAUUAGUUGUUAACUAUAGAUUAUGCUUUCAUGUUUCUUACGACGUGAUCAAUU